GGCAGGGCUCAAAUGCCAGCCAUUACUUAGACUGCAUCUGGCUCUCUCUCCACAUAGUCAGCUCCAGGACCUGGGGAAGUCCAGUAGCUUCCAACCAGGUGCACUGAACACAAUGGUGCCUGUUCUGUUGUCCCUGCUGCUCUUUCUGUGUCCUGCAGUUGCCCAGGAGACCCAAGAAGGGCCUUACUCUCUGACCUUCCACUCCAUUGCGGUGUCCAGGCCCACAGAGGCCUCCCCCAGCUUUCAGGCCACUGGCUACCUCAAUGACCAGGCCUUCUUCCACUAUGAUAGUGAAAGCGGGAAGGCUGAACCCCUGGGCCCGUGGAGACAGGUGGAAGGGAUGGAGGACUGGGAGAAGGAGAGUAAAUAUCAGAAGGCCAGGGGGGACUUCAUCCUGAAGAACGUGGAAGACAUCAUGAGCUACUACAAGGACAAAGGGAAUCACACCAUACGGGAAAAGUUUGGUUGUGUGCUCCGGAAUAACAACUACUGUGGGUCAUUCUGGACGAUUGCCUACGAUGGACAGGACUACAUCAAGUUCAACACAGAAAUCCCAGCCUGGAUUCCACUGCAACCUGAAGCUCUGAAUACCAAGGUGAAAUGGGAGACAGAAGGUUCUGUGCAGCGGUCCAAGGCCUACCUGGAAGAUGAGUGCCCACAGAUGUUACGGAGGUACCUGCAAUACAGCAAGAUUCACCUGGACCGACAAGAUCCUCCCUCUGUGUCAAUCACCAGCCAGGUGGCGCCAGGAGACACCAGGACCCUCAAGUGCUUGGCCUACAACUUCUACCCACAACCAAUCAGUCUGUACUGGACUCGGGCCGGCAGUGUGGUGGAGGCUGAGUCAUGGGGAGAUGAUUUCAGUGAAAGUGACUCUUACCAGUCCUGGGUGGUGGUGAAGAUCCCCUCUGAAGACAGAGGCCCCUACACCUGCCAUGUUCAGCACAGCAGCCUGGCCCAGCCCCUCACUGUCCCGUGGAAAGAGAAGCAGGAAGCAAGGGGUGAAGGCUCCUCAGGGUCUCAAGACCAAUAGCCACCCUUUCUUUGAGACACGAGAGAGAUGAGCUCUAAAACCGCUGCCAAUGCCCUCAGCGAGGCCCAGGGUAGCAGUGAAGGGUACGGCUGGUGGAUUUGGAGACACAAGAUUUGAAUACUGGGCACUGAGCUGACUCACUGCCACAGCCCUUCAGAACCCGUUAUCUAAUCUAUAAAAUGUAAUCACUAGUCAACUAGCCUCCAUACAAAAUAAAUCAGAUUAUUAAACUGCUAAUGAUGUACAAA